UGUCCACCCUAUAUGAAGGGGGCAUGGAAACAACAGCUACUUUUCCUUGACCCUAUAACAGCACAGAGGGGCCGCUCAACUUUCUACAUUCGUUCUCUACCACUAUCACCAGCCUUGGGUUCAACAACAUGAUUUCCCUUCCCACGCUCGCUCUGGCCCUCCUGGCCGCCGUCCAGACCGUCGAGUCUGCCUCGGCCGGCUGCGGCAAAGCGCCCCCAUCGUCGGGCACCAAGUCCAUGACCGUCAACGGCAGGCAGCGGCAGUACAUCCUCCAGCUGCCCAACAACUACGACUCCAACAAGGCGUACAGAGUCGUCAUUGGCUACCACUGGCGCGACGGAUCCAUGAACAACGUGGCCAGCGGCGACUUCUACGGCCUGCGGUCCCUGGCCCGCGACAGCACCAUCUUCGUGGCGCCCAACGGCCUCAACGCCGGCUGGGCCAACAACGGCGGCGAGGACAUCACCUUCACGGACCAGAUCGUGGCCAUGCUGAAGAACGACCUGUGUGUUGACGAGGGCCAGUUCUUCGCCACGGGCUGGAGCUACGGCGGCGCUAUGAGCCACAGUGUAGCCUGCUCCCGGCCGAACGUCUUCAAAGCCGUCUCGGUCAUCGCGGGGGCCCAGCUGUCGGGCUGCUCGGGCGGCAGCACGCCCGUGGCCUACCUCGGGAUCCACGGCGCCGCCGAUGACGUGCUGCCCAUCAGCAUGGGCCGGCAGCUGCGCGACAAGUGGCUGCAGACCAACGGCUGCACAUCCAAGAACGCGCCCGAGCCCUCGGCGGGGCAGCAGAACCACAUCAAGACUACGUACAGCUGCUCCCGCGCGCCCGUCACCUGGAUCGCCCACGGCGGCGGCCACGUGCCCGAUCCCUCGGGCAGCGGUGGCGUCAAGUUUGCGCCGGGCGAGACGUGGGACUUUUUCAACGCCGCUGUUUCUGGUGGCGGUGGUGGUGGUAGCCCGCCGACGACGACCUCGACAUCGGGUGGUGGUGGCUCGACCCCAACCACGAGCGCCGGAACCCAGCCGUCCAAUCCCGGUGGUGGUGCCUGCGCGCCGAAAUGGGCUCAGUGUGGAGGGAGAGGGUGGAAUGGUCCCACGUGCUGCCAGAGCGGGAGCACCUGCCGGGUGAGCAAUGAAUAUUACUCGCAGUGUCUCUGAUAGCAAGGUUGAGUUGGGGAGUGUUGGCAGCAUGGGAAGGGGGAACAAUGUUAUUUCAUUCUAUCAUGUCACCGACUUAGGCUAUCGCAUUUAGUACUAGUAUCGUUCCAAUGCUACCGUACCGGAGUGCGUAGCCCGCACAGCCAAAAGUAAACUUAGGUGAGAGAAGUCAACAAAGACG